AGAAAAUGAAAUAAGAAGCUUAAAAUCCAACUCUGGUUAAAUGUGGCUGAUUUUGCCCAAAACUUUCAUAAAAUUCUGGUAAGAAGUCAAUUGUAUUUAAUUUUAGCUGGCCAUGGGAUAAUAUGUUUCGCACUUUGUACUUACAAGUUAAGCUUUAAUGGACCUAGUUUCGAUUUCUUUGUCGGUGGAUAGAUCAAGGACGUUUAAGUUAUUUUUAUCCAUUUCAAACAAACAUUUUACAAAAAAUACUGAAAUCAGUCAAUGAAGAUUUCCAGUUGCUUCUUUAAUUAGUUUCUGCCUCAAUUCUUUUGAAGUGCAGUAUGCACGUUCUGUUUACUAUGAAAAGAGUUUCAAUGGUGUCACAUUGUCUUUGCCCUUGUGGCAUUUAAGAUCGAUGUUAUUGAGGAAUUAAAUAUCCUCAAGUAUAAAUUAGUGUUUGUUUUUUUCAGUCUGCAAGAUUUUAAUCUUGCUUGCACAUACUUCAGCAAUAUCAGUAUCGUAUUGCUGUGCCAGUAAACACCAUAAGGCUCUCUGGAAAUUCCUGUUUAUUUUAAAGCUUUUCCUAAAAGAAGAGCUUUUACCUCCCUCCUCUUAAGAGUGGUAAUAUUUUUGUGUCCUUUUUUUCAUUUUUUGAGUUUCACCAAGCAAUUGUGGCCAGUGUAGGCUCAAAGUUUGAGAAUUUAUAAUUAAGUAUUGGAUGAAAUGAUAAUAUCCUUGUUCAUAUUUUCAUAAAUCCUCUUUAUUUGUCUGCUUGUCAUGGUAUUGAUGCUGUGAGGAGAAGGUGUUUCUUGGUCACUGCUGGGAGUGAAUGGUUAAAAUUAUUUUCUAAAAUGACCUCCAUUAAGUAUCUCAUGCACAGUCCCCUAACCUCUGUGCCUUGUCUUAAGGCUUGGUCUGGCUCUUCCCUUUAGUCUUGAUCAUGAUAUAAACAUUCUUGUGCCACUCAUGAUCAUUGAUCAUUUUCAUAUUAUUAAACUUAUUCAGUUUGUAAUGUUAGUCUGGCAGAGAAGCAGAGGAAGUAAACAAUAUCAAUAUAGAUUAUUUACAUUCUUUAGUCACUUUUAUUAAGCAGUAUUGAUCCCUAGUAAAUGUUUUUUUUUUUAUAUAGAUUACAGAUUGAUCAAAAUGAACAAGAUAUCAAUGUUUUGGAAGUUGCUUUAGAAAAGGUGAAUUUUUUACCAUUUCUGUUUUUAGUGUGUACAUCAAAUGGAGAAAGAUCAGAAACUGGGAGAAUAAGAAUUUAGUAAAUAGAAAAGUAAUGUAGACAUAGAUUCCAGUAAUAUGUGGACCUUUGAGUAUUAAGGCUUCAAGAAAUAAGUUUGGAUUAAGUUCAAACCCUUUACAUCGUUGUGUAAUAGCCAUAUGGCUCAGUGUGCACUUUUAUUGAUAAACAGUAGAAAAAUCCCUGUUUGAGGGUUGUAUAGGAUGGUGGAAGUAGAGAUGGAGGAAAUGUAUAUCCUUGUGUUUUUCGCCGUGAAAUUCAAGCAAGAAGAAAGUGCAAAAAAAUGAAGAGAAGAAAUCAUAUGACAAGGUGCUUAUUGACUGAGUUUAGUUGGCCCAGAGAGCUAAAUAUUUCUUGUUUGUGUUUAAAGUAAGUACCAAGUUUUGUGCAGAACUUAAUUUAUAAUAACUUUGAAUAAGAUGCAUUCUUAAAUUGCAGUAUUGUCAGCAUCAGUUCAACAUAAUUUUUUGCCUUUGUGUUCCUUGUAGCUGAUCAAGCUUUGUGGUGGAAUGGUGGAGACAGGGAAACAGUUCAACUUAUCCACCAGGUAGUGUCAGUACACAGUUAAAGAACUCUGAUCUCUUUUUGUGGUUUUUCUCUUGGUCUUUCACUUCUCCCUCUUUGGAAAGCUCUACUCUUUAACCCUUUUGACUCUUAACAGUGACUAACAUUGAAUUUCUCCUUCUAAUCACUUCUAAAUCAAAUAUUAAGGUGAUGAGAAUAAAGGAAAUGUUUGCCAACAAAAGAAACCUUGAUUGUCCAACAAAUUCUCCUGCUCAGCACUAUGAGAAAUUUAUAGAGAACAGUAUGGAGAAUUUGUAUACAGAUGCAGGGAUGUAAAGGUUAAAGGAUUAUUGGGUUUCUAAAGGAUCUUGUUUCACAUAUGAGGGUUGUCCUGACCAGGUCAUAACAUCUUUUAUAUAACAGCAAAGUGAUACAGGUCACCCAAUGAUAUAAGUUGGUUUCCUGUGGCACCUGAAGUCUAAGAUAGCACAGUUCGGAAUUGAAUAGUUCAGACAAGAAUUGUUUGUUAGUUACAUGACUGUAUUUUCACAUAAAGGCUUUCGUCACUUUUCCUUCAGUGCUUUAGUGAGUGGUAUUGACAACCUGACAAAGUACUUUGCAGGAGAUGAGCUGGUGUCAUUCACACUGGACAAGUUCUCUUGUGCUCUGACUGAGCUUCAGAGCUUCCUAUCAGUGAGUGAGAUUUCCUCAAUUGUCAACUCUAUAAUAGUCCAUAGUCCUUCCUUAAAAUCACAUCUCAUUUAAAAAUUAAUAUUUCAAUUGGUGAAAAUGAUUUAUAGAAAAAAAUUUUUUUCUGCAUGGAAUUGUUGCCCUUUGUGAUUUUGUUGUGUUUGUUUUCUGGCAGUCAUGGAGAACAAUAUGUUGAUUAUAUCAUUAGACUGGUGGUAAACAGAAGCUGUUACAGUGGAGAAUUGUGAAUUUUUUGUAUGGCUUCACAUACCCCACACCCAGCCUUAAACAAGAACAAGCAUAGACUGAUAACUCUCUUAUUUGCUGUACAUUUUGUGAAUGUGUACAUCAUGUUUUUGACAGUUCACUUUCAUUACCAUUGACUUCAUACCUUGCAUAAAAAAAAAUGUUUUCUUCUCUCACAUCACCUAGAAUUGGAUUUUUGAUGACAUGUUCGGUGAAAUAAUCAGUAUCUGUAUUUUCCUCAGAUUCUUUUAGAGCAAGCACAAAAAUCAAUCUCAAGCACACUGAGAACUUUUAUCAAAGAGUAAGUGUGGUUGUGAAAAUUCUUGUCAGGUUUGUCUUAAAAAGAGAAAUUGGAUAACCUGCAUUGCACUACAAAAGGGUUAACACCCACUUGUAUUUUGAAAAUUUUGAUGAAAUCACAUCUUUUCAAUUCCAUAACCUUUCUAAAUCCAUCUCCUCUCUCUGUAAAAGUUUUUUCCUUCUAAGAUUUGCAUAGUUCUUACACAGCAAUGGACAGUUUGAGGUGGGGAGAGGUACAAUGUGGGAGAAGUUAAAUGUAAAGUAAAGAAGAAAAAAGUGAAUUUUUCAUUUUUUUACAUUGAUAGUACAAUGUAGUUGUGACAAUUGAUUUGUUUGCCUCCUCUUGUAAAAUGAGCCUAUUUACAACUGUUUUAAUUACACAAUUCAAGAUUGAUUCAAGAUUCCAAUUGACACUGUCAGCUGUUAAAAACAGGAAUUAAAACAGUUGUAAUGAUGCAACUACAAUUAAAUAAUAUUUAUUGAAUCAAAUAUACUCUAAAAAGAAAAUUAAGUGUGUUGUCAUUGUUACAAUUUUAGAACAUACCUGUAGCUGCUCAAAAAGUAGAUGAACAUCAAAAAUCUUUGCAAAACUAAACACUAUUUAUUUUCUCUCAUUUACAGGGAAGUCAAGAAGGUUAAGGAUGCUAAAAAGCUGUUUGACAAAGUCAGUGAUGAUUUGGAUAAGUGAGUGUAUAAUACUUGACAUGUAUACUGUCCUUUUUGACAUGAGCUCAAUGAUUGGUGCUGUAACUAAAGGGUCAUGUUGGAUUUUCUCUUAUUUACCCAUUGGCUUUCGAGAUAAGGCUCUUUAGCACUCUAAGCUCAAAUUUUUUUUGCCAUUUGGCAACUGAAAAUCAGAAAAAAGUCAUCAGAGCUGCAGGCAACACCACAGUAGCCAGCAGUCAUUGUAAGGUUCACUUAAUUUAACAUCUCAGGACUUGACACUUGAACAAGGAAAGAGGAAGUGGCAACAGCCUGGAACUGGUUUAUGACUGUGCAUGUUGGUCAUAAAGAUUUUUGACAAAUGCAAACCUUUCAGAUUUGUGGCAUCUGCACACAGAUUGGCCAUUCAGUGACUUUUGCUGGAAAUAUACAAGCCAAAUUUUUUUCCAUUCACCUUGGUGACAAAAAUGGUGGCCGCUUGAUGCACUACUCCAUAGUAUGACUGGAAAAGAAACAUUACAGCCUCCCUCCCUUGUAGCCUGAACUCUAGUUCAUUGAAGGUGCCCUAUCCCCCCAUACCCCUGUACUCCCUAUCCACCCUACACCCUACCCACCCUACACCCUACCCACCACUUCACCAUGGCAGGUUGUCCUUUGCCCAAAAACAUAAGACCAGGAUUGUGUGCUAAUGAAAAUGUUUGUGAUUUUUUUUUUUUUUCUUUUUAGUGCCUUGACAAGAAAUGCACAGCUUCCACAUCACUGUAAGGCCUCUGAAGUGGAGGAGGUUAGAUUAUUGUUAUAGUGUAGAGCUUCAUGUGUAGUUGCUAAAAAUUUUGCAUAGCCACCUAGAUGUUUGUAUAUGUAACUUGCUGUGUGUUACUGUGCCUACCAAUCUGUAUUAUAUAUGACGAUUGAAGGACCACACUGAAUACCUUGUAGUUAAUUUAAUUUUUUUUAUUGUUUUAUUUAUUUAUUUUUUUUUAAUUUCCACAAAACAGGUUAAGAAUGCAGUGAAAGCUAAUCAGACAUGUUUUAACCACACAGCAUUGGACUAUGCCUUCCAGGUUGUAGAUAAAGUGUAGAAGUGACAAUUUUGAGCUUGUCAUGUUCAUUGAAUCUCUGUCAAUAGUUGCUGUAUUGUCUAGUAAGCAAGCAUGAAAUUUAUCCCCCUUCCAAGAACUAUUGUCAGUUUUUUAAAACCAUGCUUUGUAUUGCAGAUCAACAUUUUACAGUCACGAAGAAGGAUUGAUGUUCUAGACACUGUAAGAAGUAGAGGAUAAUAGAUGGAUGCACAGAGAUAUGGAAUUCUUCUUGCAGUGUUUAGUUGAACACUUGAAGGAAAAUUCCUUACAUACAAGAGACCAAAUAUUAUUUUGUUUACUAUUUAAUCACUAUAGGCCUUAAAUGACAAGAGUAUAAUUGCCCAUUCCAUGAUCAAGUUAUGCAAUUGGAACGGUUUCGCAAACCAUUUAAGCAACUCAUUCAUCCAUAUGAUUGGUAAACUAAUCGCACAACCAAUCAUGGUUUAAUAAAAUUUUCAUUCAUUUGAAUGGCUUGCCAGUCCAUUUGACAUUAUCCGUUUUAUUCAUUCAUUUGAAUGGCUAAGCAAACCGUUUGAAGGGCUAAUCAAACUGUUCAAGUUCAGUUUGCCCAUCUGAUAAAAAUUUUUACUCAUCUGUUCAAAUGGCUGACCAAACCUCUCAAAUAAUUUAUUCACCAGUUCAAAUGGUUAGGCAAACUGUUCAAAUGCCUCAAGGACUGUUCAUCAACCGUUUGUCAUCUGUGUGUUUUUGCUAUUCUAACAGUUUUCUGUUAGUGUCUGUUUUGCCUUCCAUGGUCACAAAUUUACCAAACAACCUUGUAUUAAGAAUGGUGAAUGUUUUGCUAUUCAUUUAUUAACCUGACAGAGUGGCACAAUAAACAAGUGAUGCGUCAGCAGCUGAUUGCGAUGUCAAACACAUUUAAAAUAUAAUUAUAAUUUUACACAUGUGCAGUUGCAGGUUUUCUCAGUGCUGGAAAUCCUUGUAGAACAUGGCAGUGUUAAUUAGACCUCUUCAUGCAUAUAGUCCAUCUUUUCUAACAGGUUCUUUUGUCCUUGCAAAUUUGAAAAGAAGUCUUAGUACAGAUUGAAUGAGUAGGACUGACUGGGAGAAGAAACUGAACUUGUCUGUUUUUGUUCCUGUUAUAGAUUCUGAAGUUUAUGCAUGCCCAGUCAACAUAUUUUCAUCAAGGUUAUGAUUUGAUGAAUGAUUUAGAUGCAUACAUGAAGAGGGUGUCAAAUCAGGUGGGUUGAAUUUGAUUUACUAUUAAUAAUUUGAUAACAAUGAAGAUAUUGGCUUCUAUUAUACCAUUGGUGCAACAUUCAACAAGUUUGGUGUUCUUUGUCUUUUUCUGUCAGACCUUCUAGGAUUUUUUGUUCCUUGAUGGAACAGUUUGUAUAUUAAUUUUAAACAAUGAUUCAUUAUUUCAGAAGCAGUUGUGAACUUAAAAAUUGAAACACUUUCACUCUUAGGAUCUAAAGAUUUAUUCUUCACACCAUUUGCCAUAUAUUUCUUAUAAUUUAAGCUCUGAGAAUUUGGUUGUAAUUAUCAACCAGUAUCCCCCAUCAGAUAUUUUUCAAUCUUCUUAUCAACUUUAUGCUAAGAGUUGCACUUAAAUUGUGAGGAGAAGUUCCUCUUUGAUCACUCCUAGGAGUGAAAGGGUUAAAAUAUUAGAGGACAGGUUUUAAUCAAUUGGAAAUAGUCUACUGAUAGUGACUCUUAACAACUGUGUAUCAAAUUCUGUAAUCCAGGUGGAAGAAGUGUCAGUCCAGUUUACAAUGGACAAAAAAGAGAUGGAAGAAAGACACACAUUGGUCCAGAAAAUGGUGGGUAUAAUAUCAAUUAUUACGAUAAUGAUUUAAGAUCUUAAAAAUUUUGCUCUGUCCUUAGAGCCGUUUAAAAUUUCCUAACAUGGGCCUUAGAAUUUUGUUUAAAAAUAAGGUAAAGACAGGCAAAAAAAUUAUACAGUUGGGUACAAAACUUAUACAUUGGUUAAUGUUUCCAUAUAUUUAUCAUUUACCAGUAAUUUUCUAUUUCCCAUUUUCAUUCAAUUUCCCCCCAAUAAAGUGAGAUUGAGUCUUGUUGCAAGGCUGUGAGAAAACAAAAAAAGAUUGUGAGAUUAGUGGGUGAGUUGUAAUUGAUUUGGAAUGUCUAUGAAACCAUUCCAUUAGAUUUCUAUGGUCGAAUGUGCAAAAAACAAGGGGCAGAAAAUUUGUCAAAUACUAGAUUAUGAGAUUCAUGGUUUUUACUCAAGGCUUGCUAUCUUGGAUUUGUGAUUUUAGGAGGAGAGUGGGUGCAUAGGAAGAAGAAACCUGAAUGAUGCAAGGUAAACUGUUAUAAUUAUUGAUGGUGUCUGAACAAUACUCAAUACAUGUUUUACAUCAUUCACAAUGGGAAGUCUCAAAGUUUGUAACUUCUCUGUUUACUUUGAGGAGUGAAUCUUGUGCAUUCAGUUUGGUGAAAAUCAUGUUUAUGUUCAUGUGCCUAUGGGUUAAUUUUCACCUUCUAUUUGUUUGCAGUGGUUUAGUAAUGGAAGGCUACUUAUUUAAAAAAAGCAGUAAUGCUUUUAGAAGUUGGCAUAGGUGAGUGUGUGGUAGCAGUGAGUUAGGGGUGAAUUUAGACUGAAAUAUUCUACAGGUUAGAUCUCUGACUCUCAGAAGUUGUAGUGGAUCUGAGUACUUUUUAAUGGGAUACUGAUUGACACUGAAGUAAAACUGCAGCAGCUGAUUUACCCUCUAACUCCUAAGAGUGACUAACAUCUAAUUUCUCCUUACAAUAUGACACCUGAAUCAAGCAUUAAGGUCUCAAGAAUAAAGGAGACGAUCACUGACUAAAAAGCUAUUGAUUGUCAGGCAAAUUCUCCUUGUUGGUCCCUCAUGAAAUUUGUAGAGAACAGUAUGGAGAAUAUGCAUACUGAUAUUAGGGUGUAAAGGGUUAAGGUCUUAAAUAAUUUCAUUGUAAAAUACCUCAUUUUUAUUUUCCCAAAGGUGAUAUUUCACAGUUCAGAAUAACCAACUGAUGUAUCAGAAGAGAUUAAAGGUGUGUAUGACUGAAUGAAUGUAGUAUUUAGAUUACACACACUCACGAGUGUGAUCACUAAGUGCAAUUUCUGGUGUCACAUUCUGAUUAUGUCAAUCACAUGCAUGCUGCAAAUGUCAACAGCCAGGUGCAUACACCUAUUUAUGCACAUAUGUUAUCAUGCUUUGAAUUGUGAAUACUUAGGAAAUUUAUUGAAGUUUUUAAUUAAAACCUUUUUUCAGUUGUACAGUCAAAUGAAUGAAGGGAUUCGAUGAUGACAUGCAGUUAAUGUAUCACUUGCAUUCAAUUUUGCAGGAUGAUCAAACAGUACUUGUUGAAGAUCUUCGAUUGUGUAAAGUUAGGCUUGCAGAGGAAACAGUGGAAAGAAGAUUUAUGUUUGAAGUGGUAUCACCAACAAAGUAAGGCUACUAAAUUCUGUUUUUGCAAAUCUGUCAAAUACACAGUAGACAACUCAGAAUUGAUAGCAUCUGAGUGACCAAUAGUUAUUGUUUCCAAGAUCUGAUUGUUAAUUCUCCCCUCAAACUGCAAGACAUUUGUAAAUUGGUUACAGGAAUUGGUGUUAGAUCAAGAUAACAACUUCUUCCUAACAAGUUUGAGUAUUCUCUUUACCUGAUAAGUUUGAGUAUUCUUGUUACCCAUUUGCUGGAUAAUGUAUAGAUUUUAUAGGGAGAAGUGACAUGUUAAUCACUUUUUGAGUUUAGAGUUAACUGAAAAUGAUAUCUUCUACUCUGUAUCACUAGAUCAUGGUAUUUACAAGCAGAUAGUGAAGCACUGCAAGUGGAAUGGAUGGAAGCUAUGCAGGUAAGUUUAUCAAAUUGAGGCAAGUGGAAUACAUAGUCUAAGAGUCAGAGUCUAAGGAUGUACACUAAAUGUUGUGGGUGAAUUUCUGCUGAUGGUGAACUUGAGUGAGGUGUGGAGUGAGGUUGGUGACAGGGUUUUGUUUUGUUUGUAAAAUAAUGUUGUUUUCAAGGGCAACCUUCCUUUUUUCCAAUGUUAACCAAAUCUCAAGAGCAGUGUAUCAUAAACUGUCAAGCAUGUGAGAUAGUGUUAAGAAAUCAAAUGAUCCAAAUGAUCCUGAAAACAGCACCAGUUGCCCAUGACAACAACCCCAUUUUUAACAUCAAAAUGUGGUCACCAAACUUUUGUUGCCCCUCUCUCAACUGAAAAUUGUAGUAAGUAGGCUUGAAGUAGAAGUGAACGAGUUAUCAGCUUUUGUAGAAAUUGUUGUGUUGUGUUGGCAGAGAAGUGAAUCCUUAACUUGAUGAUCAAUAAGAGAGUUUCUAACAAAAUACUGUUACUAAAAUUUUAAUUGUUAUGUGGUGAUUCACAGGCCAGUAUUGACAAGGCUUUCAAUAGCUCAACCAGUAUUCAAAGUAACAAUGAUAAGGUGGGUGAAUUGAAAUUACUUACUUGCGCAUAGUGCAUGUGAUCCCUGUGGGUAGUUUUUAAGUCAUGGUUCCUUGACCUCAGGAUUUCAGAGACAAUCCAAGAAAAUGUGACUCUGAGGACAAGGCAGUGCAGUUUUGAUGAAUCCAAGCAAUAUAUAUUUAUUUAUUUAUUUGGCAUAUUAAAGUUCAUUAAUUAGCAGCUACCCAGAUUAAUUGCAUGGUACCUUUCAAGAUUGCCACAUGCACUUUCAGUCCUUUUCUCCAAGAACCUUCCUCAAAACUACUGUAUAAAAAUCACAUGACACAAGGACAAGUUGUUCAAUUUAUACCUUGAAUCAAUUUCACUAGCUGCAAAUGAAAUAGAUUAUUGGCUACUUUUUUGGUCACUGUUACACUGUUCCAUUUUUUUUUUUUCAUUUCUUUAGCUCUUGUUUAAAAUGUUCACAACUUUUAAAUUGAUUCUUUACACACUUUCUCUGUGAGCUGUCACUGAUGUGCACCUUACCUAUAAUUUGUGAUUUCAGGGGAAAUCCCUAUCCUGUCUUUUUAGUUCAAGUUUAAAAUAGAAUUUAUAUAAUUUUUUUUCAGAGUGAUUUACAAGGGCCAGGCUCUAUGAACAACAGUAUGGAUUCCCUCAACAAAGUUUCUGGACCAUCAAGGUUUGAUUGUCUUGCCUUUUGCAUACUGUUGCUGGAGAUUUCUUUGAUGCAGUUAAAAGCAAUUUAACAGAGUUGACAACUAAGAGGAUCAGUAGUAUUCAGCGGUCUUUGCAUAUGCGCACAUGUCAGAAUUCCAUGUGCUCUCUGAUUGAGGCAUUCUUGCACGUGCUUUGAGCAUGAGCUUGCAACAUGGUUUGGACUGACAGUUCAUCAUCCUGGUAGUUUUCCCCACCCCUUUCCCACUCUUUCCACCAUUUAUUCAGUGUGACUGAGAUCUGCUUCCCUUUUCUGCGUGGGGGCUCAUGGCUGGGUUGCAUGGAUUUGCCAUGGUCCCUGCUCUCACCACUGUGCCAUCCCUGCACUUAUCACUGUGCCAUCCCUUCUCCCAUCACCGUGCCAUCCCUGCUCUCAUCAUUGUUCCGUCCCUGCUCCUAUUACUUUGCCAUCCCUGCUCUCAUCAAUAAUGCAAGGGUCUAUUCUUCCAUCACUGUGCCAUCCCCGCUCUCAUCACUGUGUCAUCCCCACUCCCAUCACUGUGCCAUUCCUUCCUGUUAUUUCAUAGACAGUACUCUCUUGGAUCAUACAGAUGACACUCCAUUUUGGACCUGGUUCACUAAAAGUUAAUAUUAAUAAUUACAUUCAUUUGGUGUUUUAACAGUUUUUAUUACUUUUCAAUGACAGAAGUAACCUUGAUGUUAUUAGAGCUGUCUCUGGUAAUGACAAGUGUGCAGACUGCAGCAGCACUGGUGAGCAUAGUACAACAAUCUGUGGGAGAGGGUAGCUUUGAGGUCAUAGGAUCGUGUAAAGAAAGUUAACUUUUUAAUACCAUUUGGCCUUUGCAAUGAAAAUGUGGGUUUUUUUAUUAUCCUCCUUUCAUGGGUUAGAAUGUUUGCUUUUGCCUUUCUUUUUCUUUUUCCUUUUUUUUUUUAAUUUAAAUGGUUUAUAUUUUGUAGUUACCAGUAGUAAGUAACUCUAAUGCAAAUUAUUUUUUAUCCUUUAGAUCCGACCUGGGCAAGUACUAACAUGGGAAUUGUGCUGUGUAUAGAAUGCUCAGGUAUUCACAGGUACUGUUACAAAAAAAGUUCUUUUUUUAUGAAUAGCCCUUGCUUUUACCAUAAUGACAUGCUCCUAGUCAUGGUUACAUCAGAUCUGUAAUAUUAGAAGGAUCUCGAUAUGCAUUGUAGAGUGCAUGUGUUGUCAAUAAUCUGGUUUAUGCCAUGAUCCUUAAGAUCAGUGGUGCAGACAAAAGGCUCAGCUUUGCUGCUGUGUAGUUUUUCUUAAGUUCAAUUAGCAGGUAAAACAACCAAACAAACAUUCAGUAAAUUCAUGCCUCUGGGUCCAAAUAUCAUCAGUUGAGGGCAGUAUGUUUGACUGAGUCACAAACUGUCCAGUGCAUAAUUACCUAUUUUGUAAGUAUUUAAAUUUGAUAUAUAAUAAUAUUAUGAGAGAUCAAAAAGUUACAAUCAUGUAGUUUAAGAAAUGACCCAGCGGUAAUGCUUGUUUUAAUAGGAGUUUGGGUGUCCACGUCUCCAAGGUUCGCUCAUUGACCCUUGAUGCAUGGGAACCAGAGCAAGUCAAGGUAAUAUAGGAUGCAUACUUUUGUUAUUUGUAAGCACAAUGCUUUGGAUUUACAACUGUUUUACUGGACAAUGUGCUGACAUAAUGUUAAUUGAGCUUGUGUCUCAAAGUGAUCAAGGCAUAAUCUCUAACUUGGUGACAGAAUAUUUUUAAUUUUAAAGAAAAGGACUUGGUAAAAUAGAACAAAAUGAAUGUUAUAGUAACUUAAGGUUUUGUUUUUAGUUAAUGACAGAAUUGGGAAAUGAAUUGGUGAAUGGAAUUCUUGAAGCAAAAGUCAACUCCCAUACAAAGAAACCAACUCCUCAAAGUAGCAGGUACUGUUUGUUGUUUUAAAUAAAUUAUGAAUUCCUAAAUUUUUGUAGUUAACAUUUUUUGAAAAUAAUUAUCAAAUGAUUUUUGUCAAAGGGGUGAAAGAGAGACCUGGAUCAAGUUAAAAUAUGUACAACAUAAGUUUGUUUCCCUGGAAACCUUUCUAAAAAACUGUCAAACUUUGGACAAAGGGAUCAUUAGAAAUCUUGCAAGAAUGAAAGUUCACCAUGAGGAAAGGGGCACAAAUUUGGCCGUUGAGAGAACAGACUCCAAAAAAAGUAAACUUUUCAAACGGAAACUUGCUGUGAAGUCAAAGUCAAAGAUGGACAACCGAAAGAGUGCCCCUGCUGAAAUACUCUCUGUGGAUGUAGCAAGUGAAGACUCUGAAAAGUUAGAACAUGUUGCUUCAAGUUUUCUCAGUGAUGAGACUGCUAGCAGUGACUCACAUGAUGAGGACAGACCGGGAACUAGUGCUCCAUCAACAUCAUGUCAAGACAGUGAGAGGAGACGGGCAGCCUCCAUCGGAGCAGCUAUGUCUUCUGACAAGGGUAGAGAUAGGGGAGUUUCAUUUGAUUCAACCAUAAGUGAAGAUGGUCUGACUCACGAGGCAACCAUUUGUGAAAGAGUGCAGAAUAAUGGGGAUGGUGACCUGGAGGCUAAAAGACUGAAGGAGGACAAGGAGAAAGCGAUCACUGUGUUGAAAAGAGUUCAUCCCAGUAGGGUAUGCACCUUUAAUUACUCAAUAAAGAGGUCUGCACUAUCUAUUUAAUAUUUAUUUUCUAUAUCAUAUGCUGUUUUGUAAUGUCCUGAGAGUUAUUAAGUUGAUACUUAGUGGUGAUUAUUGACCCUUUACACUCAAACAUCAGCAUGCAUAUUCUCCAUACUGUUCUUUAUACAUUUAGUGACAUGAUGACAAGGAGAAUUUGUUUAACAAUUCAGUGCCUCUUUAGUUGGUGAUCAUGUCCUUUAUUCUUGUGAUGUUAAUGUGUGAUUCAUGGGUGAUACUGUAAGAAAAAAGUAGAUGCUGGUCACUCUCAGGGGUCAACAGUUUAAUGGUACAUGACAUUGCUUGUGACUUGUUUUAAUUGUGGGUUUUUGUUGCAGUUACUUUUCAAAGCAGCAGAAUGGAAGAGUCUUCCUCUUAUGGCUGCAUCACUUGCAGAAGGUAGACAAGAACAUGCUGCACUUAUUGUUUAUUUAAUGGCUGCACAGACAUUUCUGGAAAGUGAUACUUACAGUAAUCACACAAAUUGUGUGUAACUUUCCACUUUCCUCAAAAAUGUACAAGUCAUGAAAGUGUUUAUGGAAAAUUUUCAGGUGCCAAAGUGAACUGGGUAAAUGAGGAAGAUGAACGAAAAACAGCACUUCACCAGUCUGUCUUAGGGGUAGGUUUGACUCUUUCUGUUGACGGUGUUCUGCUAUGCUAAGUACUUGCAAUUCCUUCAUGGAAGGGUCAUCAUGUAAUGAAAUUAUUAUUUUUCUUCCUCAAGGGAUCAUUACCAGCUUGUGAGUUCCUUUUACAAAAUGGAGCUAAAAUAAACCAGAAAGACAAGAGGGGAAGAGGUGCACUUCAUCAUGCAGCACUUCUUGGGCAGACAGGGUGAGUUGAUCAAAAAUAACAUUCUAUUAAAACCGUUUUCUCUCUUACCAUCACUGUUUUCUGCAGUCAUUGUGAGUGUAUUGAGAACCUUGUUUGUGUCUGUAAGGCAAAGAAUUUUACUUCUUUUUCUUUCUUGCUUCAAGUUGUUAUUAUCAGUAUAUGAAUAUUGGUAAGGUUAAGACUUACAACCACAUGUUUCAGUAAAAGUUCCAUAACUGUGUGUACUUAAACCUAGUUCCUGUAGGCUUCUCUCACCUAGAAGAUUGGAAAACACAAUCCUUUGUGGCCUGUGACUAUUUUGUUAGAACAAUUUUUGUUCUGACCUUCACUAUUUCCUACAGUCUUUGUGAGUCUAUUAAGAACCUUGCUUGUUUCUGUAAGGCAAAGCAUUUUAUUUCUUUUUCUUUCUUGCUUCAAGUUGUUAUUAUCAAUGUAUGAAUAUUAGUAAGUUUAAGACUUAAAACCACGUGUUCCAGUAAAAGUUCCAUAACUAUGUGUACUUAAACCUAGUUCCUGUAGCUCUUAGCAACCAGUUCUUUCCUUAGCAUAGUGUCUAUCUCCAGAACACAAUACAGUGGUGUGGCCAGGGCUUAAAACAGUUCACCCAGCUGUGGCAUCAUCUGUCAUCACUUAUAUUAAUACUGCUCCUUUAUUUUCAGUCCUAUCCUCUUGUUCCUGAAGCGAGGAGGUAACCAGCAUGAUGUUGACGAGAAUGGAGAGGUGAGUGUGAACAUAAUGUAGUGAUGCAUGAAAAAAGCCCUUGGAGACAACCUCCCAUGAACUGCCAGUCUUUCCUUCCAAAUUAAUCUGUGUUCCCCUGGAAAACAGAGGAAGCAGUAGAUGUUGCAUGAAAGGUCACAAGUGGCGGUAAAAACAGUGCUCAUGAAAGUUUCUUGAUCAAUUUCUUUUGUUAAUUUCAGGACCCUCUUACAAUUGCACUAAAACAAACAAAUGCAGAUAUUGUUACUCUGUAAGUAUACAAAUGCAAUAUAACAGUGGAUAUUGCCUGAUUAUGAUUCUGUUCCUAGGAAUUGGUUUUUUUAUUUAUCCUUCAAGAGUUGAAUGAAAGAAUCCCAAAAAAUUGGAAUUGGAAUUCACACACAGCAGUCUUUAGUCAUUGUCUUCUUUUGUGAAAGAAUCAUUGUUAGGAAUUGUAAAUUUUAUAUCUACACCUUGUUUUUGGAUGUCAGGUUAUUUUGGUAUCUAUUACGGUAAACAUAUAGCUGCUUUUGGUCCAUUUCUAACUUGUCAACAUUUACUAGACGGUGAAAAAUGAAAUUGUUUAUAGGUUGAGACUGGCAAGACUGAAUGAAGAAAUGAGAGAAGAUAAUGAGAUUGCCCAGGGUAAGAUCUUUUUAAGAGUGCUCCAUCUAUUUUUUUCUGAUUUGUUUUGUUUGUUUGUUGUUGUUGUUGUUGUUGUUGUUGUUGUUUUAAUUAUCUGUGAAUUUAAGGAGUGGUAAGCAAUGUAAUCUAACCACUGUAUUGUUCAUCAUGUUUGUCUACAAUGAAAGUCCACUAUCCCUGGAUAUUUCUGGGCAAGCAGUAUGAUGAAAAAUAUUAUGAUACCAUAAAUCAAAUGCACUCUACUUAUCCAUGAUUAUAAGUAGUUGCAGAGGGAAAUUACUCAUUAAUCACUCCAAAGGGUGUAAAGGUUAACCCUUUACACCUCAACAUCAUUAUGCAUAUUCUCCAUACUGUUCUCUAUACAUUUCCAAGGGUCUAACAAGGAGAAUUUGUAAAACCAUGAAGAACUUCGUUAGUUGCUGAUCAUUUCCUUCAUUCUCGUGACUUGAACAUAUGAUAUAAGGGAUAGAUUGUAAAGAGAAAUCAGAACCUUGUCACUGUCAUGGAUUAAAGGACUAACUGCUGUCAUUUUUUUUGUUUCAGGUGAUGUUACAUUCAAUGAUGUGUUCAGAGAUUUUUCUAAUAUGGCGUCCAGAGAUCCUGACAGGCUUAAACGCAAUUUUGAUUCAAGUGGACCAAGUAGACAGACACAACUGUGAUAGCAAAAUCAAUUUGUUCCACCUUCAAUUGAAAACAAAUAUUUGAGGUCACUUCACGUCAAAAUGUUUCAUUACUCAAAAACAAGCACACAAAUUCUCAUUUCAUUGAAGAAACCAAUUUGAAUAUUCACUCUAGAUUAAAUCUUACCACAAACACAAAAGGAGUAAAACAUUAUUUCCAAUUUAUGUUUAGUUUUGUAGUAAUUUGCACCAAUCAGGAAUUAAUGUUUCACACUGACAAUAUUACUAACUGUCAUGUAAUGUAGGAAAACUGAACUGUACAAUUAACAUAUUUUUAUUCAUUAGGAAUUUAAAAUUAUCCCCAUGAUAAUAGCAGCAUCAUUUAGAACAGAGAAUAGAAUCUUGCACUAAAUAACUUAAGGAAAGAAAACAUAUCAGUAAAUCAUUGUUAAAAAAAAAUAAUGAAAUUUGUAAAUAAAAUUUCCCCUAUGACAACUGAAUGGAAGGAAGGACAUCAAUGUUUAAUGAAGAGUUGACUGUAUGAAUACUAUGGUCAAAAAGUCAAAGUUGAACAUGAUUAUAUUAAUAUUACAAUGCUCAGUUAUGAAAAAUUGUACAGACUAGCUAGUAUUGAAUCAUUAUUUAGUUGAUUUUGACCAGACUAAGUGGUAUCCUCCAUUAGAUUGAUAUUGAUU